CAGAGAUAAGGCCGUGCCGUUAGCUUAUUGGGAGUCCAGGGAACAACCAAGUCGCAGGGUGAGAGAAAAAUGGCAUCGACCUCAGCCACUCUGCUAAAGGCAUCGCCGGUUUUGGACAAGUCGGAAUGGUUGAAGGGACAGAGCCUCCUCUUCCGACAGCCGUCCUCCGCCGCUGUCCGAACCCGCGCUUCUCCGUCCGCGCUCUCCGUCCGCGCCUCCUCAUCCUACGCCGACGAGCUUGUCAAGACCGCUAAAACCAUAGCGUCUCCUGGACGCGGAAUCUUGGCGAUGGACGAGUCGAACGCGACGUGCGGAAAGCGAUUGGCGUCGAUAGGGCUUGAGAACACGGAGGCGAACAGGCAGGCUUACAGGACACUGCUGAUAACGGCGCCGGGACUGGGUCAAUACAUCUCCGGAGCCAUCCUCUUCGAGGAGACUCUCUACCAAUCCACGACCGACGGCCGCAAGAUGGUCGACGUCCUCUCCGAACAGAACAUCGUCCCUGGUAUCAAAGUCGACAAGGGUCUGGUGCCACUUGCUGGCUCUAACAAUGAGUCAUGGUGCCAAGGACUCGACGGUCUUGCCUCUCGCUCGGCUGCCUAUUACCAGCAGGGCGCUCGUUUUGCCAAAUGGCGUACCGUCGUGAGCAUUCCCAACGGUCCCUCUGCUCUCGCCGUGAAAGAAGCUGCUUGGGGUCUCGCCCGUUAUGCUGCGAUUUCUCAGGACAAUGGGUUGGUGCCGAUAGUGGAGCCUGAGAUUCUUCUGGACGGAGAACAUGGCAUUGACCGCACCUACGACGUGGCGGAGAAGGUUUGGGCAGAGGUGUUCUUCUACCUCGCUCAGAACAACGUCAUGUUCGAAGGAAUCCUCCUGAAGCCGAGCAUGGUGACCCCUGGUGCAGAGUCCAAGGACAGAGCCACACCUGAGAAGGUCGCGUCCUACACUCUCAAGCUCCUCCACAACAGAAUCCCUCCGGCUGUCCCCGGAAUCAUGUUCUUGUCGGGUGGGCAGUCAGAGGUGGAGGCGACACUGAACCUGAACGCCAUGAACCAGGCACCGAACCCAUGGCACGUGUCCUUCUCCUACGCACGUGCCCUGCAGAACACUUGCCUCAAGACAUGGGGAGGCAGGCCCGAGAACGUGAAGGCCGCUCAGGAUGCUCUUUUGACCCGUGCCCAGGCAAACUCCCAAGCCCAGCUCGGGAAAUACACUGGUGAAGGCGAGUCCGAGGAAGCCAAGAAGGGCAUGUUCGUGAAGGGAUACACUUACUAAGAAGAUGAAACCAUCUGUGAGAUUCUGAUGAAGAAGAUGAUGUAUAAUGAACGGCUGAAAGGCUUUAAAUUCCUCUCGAGUUUCGAUUAUGUGACUAGUUUUGUUAUCUCUGGAUUUGGACAUUUAUUCAGCUGAUGAGUUUGCCUCAGUUAUUGGAAUGAC